AUGGACUACGAAGAAGAAAUACUGUCAAUGUUCUUUACGAAUGUGGCGCAGCUGUGCUUUGAUAAGGCCAAAGAGGUUGUGGAAAAAGAACGUGAAAUAAAGCAAGGAACCUCCGGCCCUUGGGGUAUGUUGCUGACUCACCUUUCACCUCUUGCAACAGCGGAACGAUCAUACCUGGAUCUAGGAUCUAUGGUUACAAAGAACAAAGGAUUCCUCAGAAAAGAUAAUUCUCUACGCUCAAUGUAUGACACUAUGCGAUCUGAUUUCCGACGAGUUGAAGAGUGUGCACGUAAUGAUCGUGCUGUUUCCACAGUAUCAAGCCAACUUUGCCAGUUUCUGUCGGCUCGUAUAGAGCUUAUAGAUUUCUAUGAAAAGAUGUAUCAAGUGGGUACAAGCAAACACGUGCGUUUUGAAGACAUGCUGAAUGUUAUUGAAGAUAUUGCAGACCGAUUCUCACUAAUGUUCACCCACAUCUCUCUCACAUCAGUCAAGACAGCCUUUAACUUAGAAUGUGAGAUUCUAGUUAAUCUUCUGAAGGCUCAGGUUGAAAUGCAAUCGUGGCAUUUUUUGCCCUCACUGAUGGCUUUACAUGGCGCAAACACUCGACUUUCAGCAUGGGAGCGGACAUUGCAAAGCAAGGAGGUGUGGAAACUUGGAUUCAGUGCUUCAUUCUUGAAAACAAACCAACAGCCGAUGCUUGUUCAAUGGCUUGUUAAGUUUAAAAAUAUUUCAGUGAGCAAGUUUUCUCUAUAUUUCCAUGGUAUUCUUGCUCAGCAAACUACUGCAGCUGACAUGAAAUUCCUUAGCGGUAAACAAGCCUUUGACCCUUACCAUAGAAUACAGAGCUUUCAAAAGAAAUAUGAUGCUGCCUGCACUGCUGUAAUGCUGGUUUUGGAUGCCAGAGGGUUGGAAGACUACUGUGGGCCAGGCUAUCACCAUCCAAACAAACCAGUGGAAGCUCCAAAGGAUAUGGAGUGCUUUCCCAUCAUGGUCAGCUAUCCCAUGAAACCACCUGUACACAUGCCUUAUGUGACCAAAGCCAUCAUGGAGCAGAGUUUAGCGCUAUCUUCCAAUGAAAAACGAUGCCACACUUUUAAUUUGAAGGACCAGUGUACCUAUUUCAUGAGCAGCAUUGAUCCUCGAGUCUUCAUGGUGGUAGUAUUUGAUUCAAAGAGAGCUGAGCGAGAAGCUCAAAAUGUCGCCAACUUCAUCCAAGAAAUGAGUUUACAGCUAAAAUGCAACAAGGUUUUUGCUGAUUUGAAACCCAAUAGUAAAUGAAAUGAAUACAACUGACUUUUAUUCUCUUAUCUAACUAGGAUUCAACUUGGACAUUUUGUAGGAAAAACUAUGUUCCAUUUUGCUAUCUGUGAUGUAUUUUUAUUUUUUAUUUUUGAAAAGUAGAUUUUUAACACUGUGAACAUUACAUGCAAACAUUCAAACAUCUCUGAGUAUAUUCAAACAGCCACAUUUGGCUAAACUGUUGGAAUCAAAAUAUUUAUUUCUAAGGACGAAUGAAUGUAUUUUUUAUACAAUAUGGUACAAAUAUUUUGCCGCAGAGAAUUAUCUGUUACAAGUCAAAUACUAUUUUACAUGUUGAAAAAUAGUCUUGUCUAUUACUUGUAUUUAGAUUUUAAAAGACUUCAUAAGGUGGUCUUGAGAAAUGUGCAAUUAAAGUCUUAGUCAAUGUUUUUAAAUCGCAAUCUCUUCAGUUAUGUUGAUCUUGACAUUUACUGUUACUGGGCAAUGGCAAUUUCGGGACAGUAGUCAAUCUCUGUCCACUACAAGACAUCGAGAAAAGUUUCCUAAGGCUAAGGCUGUGAUUAUUUUUAGGAUAAGCUUGUUAUUUUUGUUUUAAAGCCAACUCGUCAAAGCAAAUUAUGCUUCUUAGAAAUGAAGUUAAAAUCAGGUGAUUGAAUCACUGCAACUCCAAUACUUUUGUAUCUUCUUUAGUUGUGCUGGACAUUUCCAGAAGUGUUUGUUGAAGAGAAUUUUUAUACUGUACUUUUAUUUCAGAAAUAUUUUUAUGUUGUCCUAUUUUGACUGUGCAAUUUCCUGAUAUUAAACUGCUAAAAUUCUUUCUCUAG